AUGAAAGAAAAGUCAAAGAAUGCAGCGAGGACUAGACGAGAGAAGGAAAAUGCCGAGUUUUACGAGCUGGCCAAAAUGUUGCCUCUGCCUUCCGCCAUUACAUCACAGCUGGAUAAAGCCUCCAUAAUUCGACUGUCUACCAGCUACCUCAAAAUGAGAGCAGUUUUCCCAGACG